AUGUCCCCUCUUUCUACCCAGCUGCGCCAAGGCAAGUUAUGCAUUGAGGUGACCCCUACCAGUAAAAUCGCCUUCCUUUCCGAAGAGCUGUGCAUCGGCUGUGGCAUUUGCGUGAAGAAAUGUCCCUUCGAGGCGAUCAACAUCAUCAACCUCCCCAAAAGCCUGGAAGGAUCCCAGACGCAUCGGUAUGGCCCCAAUUCCUUUAAGCUCCAUCGGUUGCCGAUGCCGCGACCCGGGCAGGUCUUGGGACUUGUGGGUCAGAACGGCACGGGCAAGAGCACUGCCUUGAAAAUUUUGGCGGGAAAGCUCAAGCCGAACUUGGGUCGCUUUGACAAUCCCCCUGACUGGACGGAAGUUUUGGCCUAUUUC